AUGCUGCUCUUUCUCGUCUCUGGCCUCAUGGCCGCAGCUUGUGUAGCUAACCCUAUGGAUAUGACUAGCCGGCCUGUGCAUUACUGUGGUGCACGAAGCGUCAGCGCAGAGGAGCGCGAGAUAUUCAAGCGACAGGGCUCUCAGCCGGACAAUGGAGCAGACAUCAACUUGGGCUGUGUUGUGCAUUUGUGCUGCGUACAGGGGGCAAAAUGCCCUUCAGACAGUGUCGCCCAGAAGGCUGUUGACCAAAUGAACGCCUUCCUAGACGGAUCUAAGAUCAAGUUUACCAUGCAAAACGUUUCUCGAAUCGAUGAUGCACGCUGCACUGCUGGCUUGACCAAUGGCCAGGCCAUGGACAGCUUAAAGGCCGAGGUCCAUCAAGGCAAUACAAGCACGCUUAACAUUGUUUACCUCCCGACUAAUCAGGGCGCUGGAGUGAAGGGGGUUUGCGUCUUGCCACAACCCGGCACCAACAUUGCGAGGAGUAUUGGUAACAAGGACGGAUGUGUCGUGGCUAUGGACACUCUACCGAACGAGAGUCGUGGCAAUGGUGGGACUGGAGAAGGAAACCCUCCUGGAGGACAAUUGGGAGGACUUCUGGGAAGCCUUUUUGGACGCCAAAGCGGUACUGGCAUCAACACAAGACAAGCCUCACCGACAACAACGCACGAGAUGGGCCACUGGCUUAGCCUUCCUCAUGCAGGCCUAGGUGGCCAGACGGGAGGAGCAGGCGUUAGAAAUAUUAUGGACGCUGUGUCGGUGAACGGCGUGCAGUAUAAAUUCAGUCAAGCUCAAUUCGACCAGAUGCGCCAGGCGGCACUCAGUCGCUUGAAAUAUCAAAAUGUCACAAUAACCAACAAAAAUCGCCCCCCGACAACUCCCCAGAACCCAGCAACGCGCCCAAAAGGUAAUCCAAAAGGUAAUAGCGGGCUGGAACUUCUAGGGCCAGGGAAUCGCGGCCACCCAGCCAAGUCCGGACAACCGCAAGGUCCGAAGCAAAACCCGCAAUGCUCUCCUCAGCCUCGUAAUGGCACGGCCGUCUCAAGAGACAGAAGCCAAGACGGCCUUUCUGCCCGCCACCCCUUUCCUGUUGUCCCAAGCGAGCCAGAGGAGGAAGCCGAUACACCCAGUCCAGUGCACUUUGCUCGACGUGAGGGGGCCAAUGCUGAUGCUAACGAGCUUGAAUUGGUUCAUAUUGCCCAGCUGAAUGAUGCAGGGGAGCCAGAUGAUUCGGGGCUAGUUCACAUUGCUCGCAAGAAGAUGAGAUGA